GAAGAACUUGAACGCAUUCCGCUCAAUUCAAAACUUAUAUACCUCAAACAGAGUGCUUCGAUAUUCACUCUCGCAUCUGAGUAAAUAACCUAGAAAUUGCAUAGCAACAACGAAAAAAACAAUGGAAGAACCUCAAAACGACAAUGCAAGCUCGAUUGCAGCAGCAGAGGAGGAUGCGGAGGCCGUGGUGGGGCCGACACCGGCGCCUAAGGCCCGGGCCAAACGUCCUCUUCAGUUCGAGCAAGCCUAUCUCGAUUCUCUUCCCUCCGCUAACAUGUAUGAAAAAAGUUAUAUGCACCGCGAUGUAGUUACACAUGUUGCCGUGUCUACUGCAGAUUUUUUCAUAACUGGGAGUGCUGAUGGGCAUUUGAAAUUCUGGAAGAAGAAAGCUAUUGGCAUUGAGUUCGCUAAGCAUUUUAGAUCGCACCUUGGUCCAAUUGAAGGCCUAGCGGUGAGUGUUGAUGGCUUGCUUUGCUGUACCAUUUCUAGUGAUCGUUCUGUGAAAAUAUAUGAUGUUGUUAACUAUGACAUGAUGGUCAUGAUCCGCCUUCCAUUUAUUCCUGGUGCUGUUGAGUGGGUGUAUAAACAAGGGGAUGUGAAAGCUAGACUUGCCAUCAGUGAUAGAAACUCCUCAUUUGUGCAUGUAUAUGAUGCACGGGCAGAUUCAAAUGAACCUAUCAUUUCUAAAGAGAUACACUUUGGGUCGGUAAAAGUAAUGAGAUACAAUACUGUCUUUGACGCUGUGAUAUCUGCUGAUGCUCAGGGGAUUAUUGAAUACUGGAACCCUACUACGCUUCAAUUCCCAGAGAGCGAGGUGAAUUUUAGAUUGAAAAGUGAUACCAAUCUCUUCGAAAUUGUGAAAUGCAGGACAAGUGUUUCUGCUAUUGAGGUAAACCCAGAUGGUAAGCAGUUUUCCAUCACGUCGCCUGAUCGGAGGAUACGUGUGUUUUGGUUCAGAACUCCCAAUGGGAUGGUCAAGUAUAUUUUUUUUUUAUUAGGUGGCCCAAGAUCUCCAAGAAGUGACACUCCUUUAUAUCGACUGGAAGCUAUUGAUUUUGGAGAAGAAUGGCUGUUAGAGGAAAUUGAGAAAACAAAGUGCACCGCCACAAAUGCAAUUUUCGAUGAAAGCUCUAAUUUCCUUAUAUAUCAACCCUCUGGGAUAAAAGUAGUAAAUUUACACAUGAAUAAAGUGGCCCGGAUCCUUGGGAAGGUGGAGAACAAUGAUAGGUUCUUGAGGAUUGCCUUGUAUCAAGGUGAUCGAAGUAGUAAAAAGGUUAGAAAGAUCCCAACUGCUGCAGCAAAUGCCAACGAGAGCAAAGAGCCUUUGACAGAUCCUACUCUCCUGUGUUGUGCUUUCAAGAAGCAUCGAAUCUAUUUAUUUAGUCGGAGAGAACCAGAGGAGCCUGAAGACGCAACCAAGGGAAGGGAUGUAUUUAAUGAGAAGCCUCCUCCAGAUGAACUUUUGGCCGUGUCAGAUAUAGGAAAUGCAGUCACUACAUCUCUUCCUGACAAUGUGAUUUUGCAUACAACAAUGGGUGACAUUCACAUGAAACUUUACCCAGAAGAAUGCCCAAAAACUGUGGAGAACUUUACAACACACUGCCGAAAUGGCUAUUAUGAUAAUCUCAUUUUUCACCGUGUCAUUAAAGGCUUCAUGGUUCAGACUGGAGAUCCUUUGGGAGAUGGCACUGGUGGGCAAUCUAUCUGGGGAAGGGAAUUUGAAGAUGAGUUUCACAAAAGCUUACGACAUGAUAGACCUUUCACAGUUUCAAUGGCAAAUGCGGGGCCAAAUACAAAUGGCUCUCAGUUCUUUAUUACCACUGUAGCUACUCCGUGGCUGGACAAUAAGCACACUGUUUUUGGUAGAGUUAUAAAGGGCAUGGAUGUUGUACAGGCUAUUGAGAAAGUGAAGACAGACAAGGCAGACAAGCCAUAUCAAGAUGUAAAGAUCCUAAACGUGACUGUCCCCAAGUCAUAGGCGUUGUUUUCCAUUGAGUGUACAAUCUGUGUAUACAUGGUUGGAGGUCCACAUUAACAAUUAUUGGCUGCCAAAACAAAAACAUAUUUCAGGAAGUCUUUUGUUUGUUUUCUCAACCACUGUUCCAUGCAGUGUUUCAGACUACAAUCAUGAGUCCAUUAUUUGAGAAGAUUAAAAGUGUUGGCGUAGACAUCCU